UGCAGCUCAGUUUUGGGAAUGUAAAUCAGCUGGCAAAACACCUGCCAAAUCAAGUGUCUUAUCCUAACGUAAUGGGUGACUAAAUACACAUUCCUGUGCUGGAGAUUUAAAUAAUCCUUCAGAGCACCCUGAGAGUACCAGAGCCUUUGGCAGACAGAGGGAAACCUGCGAAAGAGGAUGAACAAGCUGCAGAGACUGCUUCAGAACAAGAUCCUGAUCCUGACAAUAUGUGCUGCUGGGAUUGGAGGCACCUUCCAGUAUGGGUACAACAUCUCCAUCAUCAAUGCCCCAGCCUCAUACAUCCAGGUGUUCAUGAACACGACCUGGCUGGAGCGCAUGGGAGUUCCCCUGGACAGCAACAUGGUGCUGCUGCUCUGGUCCUUCACUGUCUCUGCCUACCCCCUGGGAGGCCUCACUGGGGCUGUGGCUGCUGGCCCCAUGGCCAUCAUGCUGGGCAGGAAGAUGUCCCUGCUGCUGAACAAUGGCUUUGUGAUCAUCGCUGCAGCCUUGUCCGGGUGCAGCCGAAUGGCCAAGUCCUUUGAAAUGAUCAUGCUCAGCAGAUUUUUUACUGGUGUGAAUGCAGGUGUGAGCAUGAACAUUCAGCCCAUGUACCUGGCAGAGAGCGCCCCAAAGAAGCUCAGAGGAGCUGUGGCCUUGACCUCUGCAUCAUUUACAGCCCUGGGGCUGGUGCUGGGGCAGGUUGUUGGACUCAGGGAGCUCCUGGGAGGGGAGGAGAGCUGGCCAUUCCUUUUAGCAAGCAAUGUGGUUCCUGCCCUGAUCCAGCUCACAGCUCUGCCUUGGUUCCCUGAAAGUCCCAGAUAUCUCUUGAUUGACCGUGGAGACAAAGAAUCCUGCAUCUCUGCACUGCAGAAGCUCAGAGGCACCAGUGACCUGAGUGCAGAGCUGGAAGAGAUGCUGGCAGAGCAGGCUGCAGUGAAAGGCCAGAGAGCAAAGAACCCGUGGGAGCUGUUCCAGAACCCAGGGCUGCGCUGGCAGCUGGUGAGCAUCGUGGUGCUGAGCAGCGCCAUGCAGCUCUGCGGCAACGACUCGAUGUAUUUUUAUGCAGCUUAUGUGUUCCAAGAGGCUGGAAUUCCUGAGGACAAAAUCCCCUAUGUUGUAAUUGGCACGGGAAGCUGUGAGCUGAUCACAUCUGUCACUUGUAACAUGAUCAUAGACUAUGCUGGUCGGAGGCCGCUGCUGCUGGGGGGAUACAUCUUCAUGGCAGCCUGGGCCAUUGUCUUCAUGGUCGCUCUGAGCCAGCAGACUCAGAUUAGCUGGAUGCCUUAUCUCAGCAUGGCCUGCAUUUUCGCCUAUAUCCUGAGCUUUGGAAUCGGACCAGCUGGUGUAACUGGAGUUCUGCCCACAGAGGUUUUUGAUCAAAUGUCCCGACCAGCUGCUUACAUGAUCUGUGGCUCCCUGCUCUGGUUCAACCUGUUUCUGGUGGGAACAGCCUUUCCCUUCAUUGUGAAAAGCCUAGCACAUUUCUGCUACAUCCCAUUCCUUGUGGUCUGUGUCUGCACUGCCCUCUACGUUUGGUUUUUCCUUCCUGAGACAAAGGGAAAAUCCUUCCUGGAAAUCUCGGAGGAGUUCAGGAAACGGAACUUCAAAGCUAAGACCCGUGGAGGUUUCUAUAAAGGCCCUGAGGAGAUCAAAACCACCCCACUGUAGCAGAAGAAAGGAAGAUGGUGUCUGGGGGAAUUCUGCAGUGAAUUCAGCAGUGGCUAUGUGCCCUUGCAGGGACACAAAGAGAGAAGUUAGGGACAAUAUAUUACUCUUAGGUUUUUAAGUUCACCUUGAAAACAUACACUUGAAUUGAUAAAUCCAAGCAAAAGUUCAAGAAUCUGUUCUCAGCUUUUAGUACUGAGUAACACAUGCAUAUUUUAGAAUCCAUAUCAGAGUGAUGGAAUGAUGCCUUAUUGUCUUAUCAUCAUACAACACCAUGUAAUGCUUUAGGAAACUUCUUCAGAAUUUCUCCAAACAGUAACUUCCAUCUCAGAAGUCCUUCUUUCCUUGCCCCUGAAUCUGGGCUUUCUAACACAGAAAUUAAUGCGAUUAAAUUCUGUUUUCAGACACCAGAUGAAAUUUUCAGUAGCUUGUCUUGGUGCUCCCGUUGUUUCUGUUAUUAAGUGAUUUCAAAUAGACCCCUACUUGUUAAGCAAUAGUGAGCAGUUAAUUAUUUUCAGCUAUAAAAACAUGUGACAGAUGGAUUAGAAAGAAAGCUUCUAGUACUUGCUAAGUGGCUUAUUAUACAACAGACUUUUGGGCAUUGUUUAGCAGACUAUUUAUUCUGGACUGGUUUUCUUCAUAGCUUGUUUGUUGUCUUCCAGUCCCAUGUUGUAAAGCACAAGUAAUUCUCUGGUCCAGUUUGUUCUGCUCCCAUGGACACUGCUGGUGCAUCUUGUAGGGUUCUGCACCUGUGCUCUGCUGAUGUCAAACAUGGUGAGGAGCAUGGAAGCAGCUUCUUUUGGAUGUGCAUCUCCAGGUCACACCACAAUGUUCUCUGCAGCUUCUCCAUAGAGCUCAUUGGCAAAACCCCAGAUGUGAGAUUGAUUCUUUUCAGUUAGCCUGGUACAGAACAGGGCAGCACUCCUCACUGAACAUGGCUUUUCACAGGUACUGGCCUGACUGUUAAGUUUCUCCCAGUUUCUUCUCAAAGUCAUAAUCUCAUAAGUCUCAAGCCACUUCUUUUCUUCUGCCUUUGUAUGAAAGGCACAGCCCUGCUCAUGUUUACAACGAAGAAGAACACAUACAAUUUCAAAAUAAGUAGGUAAAGUUUCUUUCAGUGUAUUUUUGAACUACAUUUUAAAGAAAAAUGCAGCAUUUUUGAAUAAAAAGACUGUAAACGUU